AAGUGGUAUCACUGAUUGUCGCCUGUUUGGAAUGAUGUACUUUUUCUUGUGGCGGCUGUUCUGGGGUAGCAAGAGCUGAUUAUUAGGAACUGCUGGUAUGGCGUGGCCAAAUCCUUUUCGAAGGCGGGAUGAAAACACCCGUACGUAUUGGGGCUAUACGUUCCAAUUGACGCCACAGCAUCUGACUGCCGAGCAAGCCCAUCCGCUGAAAUACAGCUACGAUGUGCUGGGUGAGGAAUGCUACGAGAUCUUGAAUGAACUCAGUCCACCGGAAAUAGCAAAGAAAGAGGUCCAAAAUUCCGAGCAGGGCGACAACGACAAGCCGGCUCCAGCAACAAAACCGAAGCGAGAUCUAUAUCUGCUUCUGCAAGCCAAUGUGGACAAAGACCCGAAACUCCAGCAACUAUGGGACGAAGUAACAACAAUCCCAGACUGGGUCGACUGGGACCAGAUUGCGCGUGGACAAGACGUCUUUUAUCGAUAUGGCGGGGCGAACCUGACAGGCCUUGCCUUCCAGUCUCUACUCGGAGGCAUGGGCGCCAACCGGGUGGUCGAAGUGCUCGCGAGGACAGGAGGCUUUUCAGUCAAAGUGGCGCGCCAUCGACUCUUUGAAACGACCCAGCAUAUCCUCGAAUGCACGCGUUCUCUGGAAUCCAUCAAGCCAGGCGGGGCCGGGUUCGCAUCCAGUUUGCGAGUGAGACUUUUGCAUGCUGCCGUCCGCCAGCGGAUUAUGAAGCUGGCCAAAACACGUCCAGAGUACUACAGCGUGGAGAAAUGGGGUAUCCCGAUCAACGAUCUGGACUGUAUUGCCACCAUUGGCACGUUCUCCGCGACCAUCAUCUGGCUGUCGCUGCCGCGGCAGGGGAUUUGGCUGCGCGAACAAGAAAUUCUCGAUUAUAUUGCUUUGUGGCGUCUGAUCGCGCACUACAUGGGCACUCCGACCGAGUGGUUCGAGACGCCCGAACGGGCCAAAGCCAUGAUGGAGUCUCUGUUGAUGAACGAGAUCAAUCCCACGGAAACGUCCAAGAUCCUCGCCGCCAACAUCAUCCGCUGUCUCGAGGCCCAGCCGCCCACGUAUGCGUCCCGUUCUUUUCUCGAGGUCAAUGCGCGUUGGCUGAAUGGGAACGAACUCUGCGAUGCUCUUGGUCUCGGUCGUCCUUCGGUCUGGUACUGGGCCCUGAUGACGGGCCAGUGUAUCUUCUUCAUGUCCAUGUGUUAUUUGUACCGCUCCAUUCCGGCCCUAGAUCGGCGGAAGGUGGCGGGCUUGCGAAACAUUUUUUGGGGUCUUAUCGUCGAGGGCAAGUAUGGCUUGGGCGAGAAAACCGUCUUUGACUUUAAAUACGUUCCUGACUAUAACGUCCUGACUGCGAGAGGAGGCGACGAACAAGCCAAGGCAAAGGUGGUGGGCAUAGAGAGGAGGAACCUGAACACCUUGCUCGUCGCUACCGGAUUCCUGGUCGCUGCAGGGUAUGUGGGAUUGACGAUGACAUCGGCAAUUGUUGGGAGGAUUUUAUAGCCCGGGAUUUGACUAUGGAUAUACGAUGCGCCUCGUUAAGAAAAAUAUAUCUGAAAGACCCGGUCGUCAACCUACCUACUUGUUGAGAGUCCUCGAGAGACCACACACCCACAGCCUCAAGAGCACCGCGGCAGACCCCCUUUAUCACGGGUUUUCAUGGACGAUGCCAGGAUCGAAAUGAAGUCAACCCCUUGGGAAUGUCGAACUCGAAAUGUCCAUCAUAACACCGAAACGUCCAGUCCACUUGAUGCCCCUCCCAUGCCAGUCUCUGAGUCUGAGGCCCUCCUGUCCUCGAAGACUAAGACUACAACAUCUCCACCCAUCCACACAACUGCUCACACUCCCUCUCACCCUCCUGCACACUCAACGUAUGUCUCUCGCCCAACCCUCCCGCGAGCUCCUUCAACGGUGGUGGCUGAGUGAUUUUCCUCCCACUCCCUUCACAUGCUUCACACGGCCUGUUCGCAGUCAAAGUGUACGCUCUCAACACGGCCGGGUCGGGUUUUCGUUCCAGAGCACGCGAAAUACUGCGUGUCAGGGAUAAGCCGAACCCGGAUCCCGGGGAGGAUGGGGGAGAGGAAGGGUCCGAGGAUCCGGACGAGGCCUUGCGCGGCUUGGCUUUUGGACAGGGCUGUGAGAAGCUCAUUUUGUGCGAUGGGUGGGUUGCUGUGCAGGUGAAUUUGAGUGUAAUGUCUCGACACAUUGUUGGAUCGUGUGUCAGUCACUAUGGCGGUGUUCUUGGUUUGAUUUGGUGAUGAUGACGGGGAUGACAGAGGCUGAGUGUCGGGUGAAGACGAAUGAUGGGAUGGUAUACGAUAACACCAGCGAGAGUCGGUGUGGAGGUCACGGUUUGGCUUUAGACAGUAUGUCGUCUGCUGGUAUGGAAUAUUGAAUGCUGAAUGAUGAAUGAUGAAUGCCCCUGGUACUAUACCAGAUGUCGAUGGUGUCUGGCGGAUGUAUACUAUCCGAUGGGUAGGAGGUGGUCGUCGUCCAACUUGCACCCGGAGGCAAGCAGACAAGCAGGCAGGCGCUCACAGGGCCCCCGCUGCACAGCUAUCACCUCAGGCUGUGGCUAAGGUGUAUGGCAGCAAGUUGCACUGGCACCAGACUUUGCUGAUUUUCAAUGGAAAUUCGGCCCCUUCUGAUAUCGGACGGGCUAUUUCCCAGUGCAAAGGUUGUUAUUCUUGUAGCCGUAGUAGUACAACCAGUGCACUUAUACUAGUAGGUCGGUCUGUGGCCUAGCCACUGGUCAGGCUCUCGUCUUCCUAGGUGGAUUUAUUUAUCGUCGCGGUUGUGCGAUUGCGCUGCGGCGGCGAGCUUUGAGUAGGCGUCCUCAACUCAACUCUUUCUAACAAA